UUCAACAGGCGGCUGCCGAGCAGUGAGGAGCUGGAGCGCGGUCGGAGUGUGCGGCGCGGGUGACGCAGAGGUCCUGUCAGCGCUGUGUGUGUGAGAAAGUGACGCAGGUUUUCCCUCCCCUCGCGGCGCCGCCUCAUGAAGUGACUGAAACGUUCGCUACAAAGUUUAGUGCGUAGUCCCGGGACUCCGUGCCGAGUCAUGGCUGAAGCCCCGCAGCCCCCUCCGCCCCCGGUGGUGGAGAUAGACCCGGACUUCGAGCCUUUAUCCCGGCCCAGGUCUUGCACUUGGCCGCUACCCCGUCCUGAGUUUAACCCCGCCAAUUCGGCCAACUCGUCCCCGGCCCCUUCCCUGCAGCCGGAGCCCUCCGCCGGCAAUGUGGACUUCAUGAGCCUGCUGGAGGAGAGCGAGGACUAUGACCCGUGCGGGGACUUCCAGUGCCAGGACGUGCCCCAGCUGCAGCAGCACCCCCACACCCCGCAGCAGCAGCACCCCCCGCCCGGCGCCCUGCACGCUCCCCCCAGUGUGCCGGCGCUGUCCCCUGCAUCCUCCCAGUCCCCCCUGGGAGCCCAGCAGCCCCGCAAGAGCAGCUCCUCCCGCCGCAACGCCUGGGGCAACCUGUCGUACGCCGACCUGAUCAGCCAGGCCAUCGAGAGCUCCCCGGAGAAGAGGCUGACCCUGUCCCAGAUCUACGACUGGAUGGUCAAGAGUGUCCCCUACUUCAAGGACAAGGGGGACAGCAACAGCUCCGCCGGCUGGAAGAAUUCAAUUCGUCAUAACCUGUCUCUUCAUAGCAAAUUUGUACGGGUACAGAAUGAGGGGACUGGUAAAAGUUCAUGGUGGAUCUUAAAUCCGGAAGGUGGAAAGAAUGGUAAAUCCCCAAGAAGACGAGCUGCCUCUAUGGAUAAUAACAGCAAGUUUGCAAAAAGCAGAGGAAGAGCUGCCAAGAAAAAAGCCUCCCUACAGUCAGGCCAAGAAGGCAGCGCUGAUAGUCCUGGAUCACAGUUCCCUAAGUGGCCGGGAAGCCCUAGCUCCCACAGCAAUGAUGACUUUGAAGCCUGGAACACGUUUCGUCCAAGAACCAGUUCCAAUGCGAGCUCCAUCAUGCCAGAGGAAGAAGAUCUUGGUGAUGCCGAUGUACAUGGACUUGUAUAUCCGCCUUCAUCUACCAAACUGGCAUCUACUUUGCCAAGUCUGUCAGAGAUUGGAAACUCUGAGAAUAUGGAGAAUCUUCUGGAUAAUCUCAACCUGUUAUCUCCAAACACCUCAUUGACAGUUUCUACACAGUCCUCACCGGCCUCGAUGAUGCAGCAGCAGUCUGGUUAUUUAUUUACUUCACCAGACACCAGUAUGGGAUCGCCUGAUCCAGAGUACAGGAAAUAUACCUAUGCUCAACCUGGCAUGAACUCCAUAUCGCAGAUGUCUAUGCAAAGUGUUCCAGACAGUAAAUCUGCCUAUAGGGUUGUAGGCCCAUACAAUGUUCCAGCUGGACUUCUAAAGGAACUGCUUACCACAGAUUCCCCGCCACAUAAUGAUUUGCUGGCCUCUGAGUCUGUGGUUUCCCAAGGCAACAGUAGGGUUCUGAGUCAGAAUGUGCUGAUGGCAUCUAAUUCUGGAAUGCCUGCAUAUGGCACCCAGCAACCCCACAGCAAAAUGAACACCAUUUCCCAUGCACAUCAACAACAUACUCAGCAGACCUCCAUGAAUGGUCGUGCCUUGCCUCAUACUGGGAGUACCAUGACUCCCAAUGCCAGCAUUAGCCGCCUGUCAACCGUGAAAAGUUCUUUACAAGUGCCUAUGACUCAACCCCUUCACAUGUCCGGCAUGGGUUCUUACCCUACAAACAGCUGUAAUGGCUAUGGCAGAGUUGGCAUAGUCUCCAUCCACCAGGAGAUGCUGCCUAGUGACUUAGAUGACAUGUUCGUUGAACGCUUGGACUGUGACAUGGAGUCCAUUAUUCGGAAUGACCUCAUGGAAGAUGGAGAAGCAGAUUUUAACUUUGAUAGCCUAUUAUCAAACCAAAGCUUUCCUCACAGUGUCACAACCACCACACACAGCUGGGUAUCAGGAUAGAGACAAAAAGUUGCAAGCAGCAUCAGCAUGAAGAGCAUUGGAAGAAACCUCCAAAGACACGAUUUUCUGGCCUGUUUUUCAUAUGGAAAUAUCCUAGAGGAUGUGCUGUGCUGCUCCUGGACCUCUAUCACUAUGAAGUGCCAAACUGACUAAGAAGAAAAAAUCUAUU